UCUGCAGAAGCCGAACACGAAAAUAAAUAAAUAAACAACCCGCACGCGACGGGGCCAAGCAGCACACCGCCGGCAACGAGCAAAGCAGCAGCAGCAACAACAACAACAACAAAUAACAAUAACAAAGAGCAGAGACGAGACAACAACAGCAGCAGCAGCAGAAUACUAAGCACCACUCCCCCCGGGCGCUUCCAUCCCACCACCACCACCAUCGCAGGCGAUGGCGGCGGCGACGAAGCUGAGCGAGACGCGGGCGGACCCCGGCGCGGCCUUGACGAUGACCGUGUACUCUGCUCCGGACACGCCGGCCUCAAGCUCAGCCUCCUCGACCUCCUCCACCUUAACCUCCUCAAACUCGACCGCCACGUCAACCGCCUCCUCCUCCUCCUCGUCCUCCUCGUCAACAUCGUCAACCACGUCCCCGCCCGCCCUCGCCCGCCUGGAAGCCCGCGACCUGGCGUACGUGGUCCGCCAGCGGCGGGUGACGGUGGGUCGCAACUCGAGCCAGGGCGACGUGGACGUGGACAUGGGCCACUCCACCUUCAUCUCGCGGCGCCACCUCGAGCUGCUGCUGGAGGGGCCCGCGUGCCUGCUCCGCUGCCUCGGCAAGAACGGCGUCUUCGUGGACGGGGUGUUCCAGCGACGCGGGGCGACGCCGAUGCAGCUGCCGCGCACGUGUACAUUCCGCUUUCCCAGCACCAAUAUCCGGCUGACAUUCCGGAGCCUCUACGACGAGAGGAAGGAGGUGGCAGAGUUGACGCCGAGGCCACCCUCUCCCAUGAAGCCGCUGCAGACCAACGUCUCACCACUGGCGAUCAACAUUCCGGAUCCGGCCAUGGACUUUGUGAGCCCCUUGCCAUCUCCCACGGGCACCAUCAGCGCCGCCAGCUCGUGCCCAUCAAGCCCGCGAGGCGCCGGUUCCUCGGGCUACCGGCUGGGACGCGGCGCCGCACCGGACCUGCAGCUCGUGGCCGAGUACGCGGCACAGGCGGCCUGCGAUCAGGAGAAGGACGCUACGUCGGAAGGCGACGGUCCCAAGGAUGAGUCGAAGCCACCCUACUCCUAUGCCCAGCUAAUCGUGCAGGCCAUCACAUCUGCCCUUGACAAGCAGCUGACACUCAGUGGCAUCUACGCUCACAUCACCAAGCACUACCCCUACUACCGGACCGCAGACAAAGGGUGGCAGAACUCGAUCCGGCACAACCUGUCGCUGAACCGCUACUUUGUGAAGGUGCCGCGCUCGCAGGAGGAGCCGGGCAAGGGCUCCUUCUGGCGCAUCGACCCCCCAUCGGAAGGCAAGCUCGCUGAGCAGGCCUUUCGCAAGCGGCGACAGCGCGGCGUGCCCUGCUUUCGCACGCCCUUCGGGCCCCUCUCCUCCAGGACCGAGAGCGCGCCACCCUCGCCCACACAGGGGGUGCUGCUAUCGCAGCCGUCGAGUGGCGUGCAGACCCCCGACAGCCUGUCCCGCGAGGGCUCGCCGGUGCCCACGGGGCCCGGUGAGAACGACGGCCCUGCGCCCACGAACACCGCUGCCGCCGCCGCCGCCGCUGCCGCCACCGCCACCGCCGACCCUUCCAGGCUCCCGUCUCUCCCAGAGUCGCGGUGCUCGCAAAGUGCGCCUGGGUCCCCUGUGUCCAGCCCGCCUCUGGUGGUUCAUCAUCAGCUGCCGCCGGUUGUCAGCAAACCCGUCAGCUACGCAUUAGCCACGCCGGCACCCAGCUCCCAGCAUUCCGUGCGGCAUGCAGCGUCACCCUCAUUACAAGCCGCCAAGAAUUCCGUUCUCCAAGUCAUGUCGCUCCACUCCGCGCAUUCCCAGAAGCCACUUCUGCACAUUUCCCAAAACUCCGUGCUGCUUACCACAGCGGUGCCUGUCUCCCAGAAUUCCAUGCUGCAGGUAGUGACGCCUGCCAGCCAGGUCUCCGCAAAUUCUGUGUGCACCUAUCCCGGUGUGACCAACGGGUGCAUUCCCAAGGCUUCGCAAGGGGACGAGGAUGGAGAUACGAAAGAUGAGACGGAAUCAAAGCCGUUUGUGGCGAUCGCCCCCCAUGGGGGCGUUAUUCAAGUUGUACCGCCUUCCCACAAUCCCACGGGGCAAGUGGUGGCAGUCGUGAAGCCUUCCCAGAAUGCCCUGUUGCAGGGGCCUACGGUCGGCUCGCUGGGCGGCGUGGGGUGUGCGCAUGAUGCGGGGAGCAGCGAUGCUGGCGGCCGUGUGGCCGUGCCAGUGUCGCAGGGAGUGGCUGUGGUGACGCAGACACCUCACAGCCAACAGCAGCAGCUGGGCCCAGGCACAGGCAGCAGCAGCAGCAGCGUCCACCACAAUGGGUCCCAUGCAGCAUCCAUCUCCCAGUUUCAGCAAAAUCACGGCGGCGAGCGGCGGCCCGAGGUCAAACCUCCGUCGCUGCUGGCGUCCAAGCGCGCCGCCACCACGAAUUCUCACGGCGUGGGCCUUCCGGCCGACUCGGAGCCCGAAAGGAAACGUGCGAAAUCCGAGGGCGUCGGCAAUGGGAGCGAACCGCUCCCCCCUCAGGCCGAGAAGAGUAGUCACGUUGUCGAGCAAAACUCCAAAAACUGAGGUGGGGGGGCGUGGCCCCUACCGUCGUCGGCGGCGGCGGCGGUGGUGGCGAGGGUGGCGCACCCCCUGAGCUAGGGCGUCUGCCUUCCACCCCCCCCCGCCUUCCCCCGCGCGUGAGACUUAGAGUCACCGGUGCAUAUACCACUUGUGUAUUUUUGCCACUUUUAACGUGCUUCGGUGCCAAAAAAUAUAUAUAUAUCCUAUUUUUGGAAAUAAAUGUCAUGGCAGGGCACUCUAUAAAGUGUGAAAUAAACAGAAAUACGACAAGUAUGUUGGUGGAAAAAAAACUAUUUUUCUCAUUAAUUGACUGGCCUUGCACAUGAUGUUUGUUUGCAACUCUCAAAUCAAAAGUUUAGAACUCAGUUGUAACUGAGGAAAUGUGAUUAUCGUUGCCCAACAGCAGCAAAUUUCGUCAGCUUUAGUGUUGGAGCAAUUUGGUUGUAACAGUUACGCAUUGUGAUUUUUAACACAGUGAUGUGCAUACGUGUUACAGUAUUCCGCAUUGUGUUUUUUCGUUUUUUUUCGUAACAAAACAGUGAGUAUAACAAUGCAACAUUUCAGUGUGUGUAAUCGCGAGAAGAGCUAUUUCAAGUCAGCCCAUUCGACUUGACAACGCUGCAGUGUCUUGUCCUCGUGUUUACCGACUCUCUCACUCUCUUCGAGUUUCAUAUUUAUUUAUUAUUAUUAUUAAAAAAUCCUAUUAAAGUGGCAGCAAAUUAGGAUGGUAGUAUAUCAUACGAUUUGUGUUACGGUUAGUUAUUUGGUAGUUUUAUUUUUUAUAUCAAUAAAAUAUUAACAAAUAGUAUUCGUAAAUUUUGGCUCUGUUGACCGCAACAGUUGAGAUAUCUGACAGAAGCAAGGAGGCAAUGGCAUCAUCAGCCUUGGAGCUUGAUGACCUCUUGCCCUUUUUUUUGUACUGUUACCGAUUCCUUUUUUCUACACCUGAAAUGCUCUUGGUCCCUUAAAACACAUCGCAGAGAGACUCUGGAGUUAGGAACAGCGACGUAGGCGAUGCAGUAUUGUGCACACUUUAGUUGCAGAGAGCAUUUUUAUAUUUUCCAUGCAGUCCUUUUGGCGGUGUGCAGCAUUUCACUGACCAGGCAGUCGCUGGUAGACCUGUUGCUUUGCGUUUGUUAUUUAACAAAAAAGGAAAUCAUAUAGAUUACAAUGGCCAUCACCUAUUACUUGCUGAGCUUUCUGAACGUUUUUUGUGUGCGUGUCGUAAGAAGCUGUCGUUCUUUUGCAUGUGCGCCCGUCUUUUAGUACGCGGUCGUUGUCGUUCGAGGGUCGGCGAGUUACACCCUUGGGGUGGUGUCGCCUUGUGCGGCCCACCCUGCUUCCGGAGCUGAGCACUGUGGGAUAGCGGCCUCCCGACUUUGGACGCAAAGAAUGUGUGCGCUGCCCGACUUUUUAUCAGAUGCACACUGCGGCGAGGAACCUACCUUACAUUUAAUUUCAUGUGGCCCAUGGCCAAGAGGCUUGCCACUUUGCAAUGGCCCGCCAAAUGAUAUUUAUUCAUCAUUGUAAGCAUCCCAGCUGCACUUAUCGGGUACCCGACAAAUAUUUUUUGACCAGGUAAUUCUGUUUUACAAUACUAGCUUGCUUGGUUACUACUGUCAAUUCAAGGGCCUAUCUAUCCUCGGUUGACGCCUACGUUUGCUUUUGUGUUUGUUGGUUAAUGAUUAGGUGCGUGUUAAUGUUUGGCUGCCUGCCAAAGGUAUUUGAAAGUUCUUUCCGGCCCUCUGUAAGUUAAGGGCUUCUCCCAUCCCUGCGAUAGAGCAAAGUCCAAAUUGUGAUUUCUACGUAAGGCAGUGUGUGUCAGUAUUCAGGGUCCUGUCGCCUCCUUGGGGGAGAAGUAAUUCGGAACCAACUGCCCCCCCCCCCGCCCCCGCUUUAUUGACUUCGCCCCGAGCCGUCUUGCGAGCACUUGAAAGCAGUGCGCUGAUGCAAAGGGCCAUCGUACACGUCCCCCGAAUGUUCGUUAGGAAAGUAGCACUGCAGGAGGUGGCCAGGUGGUGGCUCGGAGCACGGAGCGCUGAGCUGGCACUGCUGAGAUCCUGGUUUCAAAUCCAGAUUUUAGCUGCAAGUCAACCGGGUUCUCAAGUGCAGUGGUUUGAUGGUCUCAGUCUGCUCACCAGUGACUGCACUAAAAAAUUGAUGGUAUUAAAUUUAGUUUUGCACUUAAUCUGCUGGAAUGCGACUGAUAAAAAAAACACAUUGGUUCCACUGCCAUGCGAUGCGGGAAAGUGGGAACGGUUCAAAUCACAUGCCGUGAUGCCGUUAGCACAAUAUGAAAAACAAUGGGGGAUUUCAUUUAUUUUUUUACAAGUGGAAAACAACAAGGCAGCGGUUGCAGCCUGCACUUUAAUAGAUGCCUGCAUUCACCCCACUUUCAAUCAUUGUCCUGGGAACAAUAAGUAUAAGUGGCUGGGCGGGAGACCAUGAGAGCCACGGGGUCCCAUUGCCUGGCAUUGGAUAACCCAAAAUGUAAUUCCUCUUUGCUGACAAUACGUUUUUGAAUUAACUCCAUCCUCAGCGAGAACCCUUUCCAGGUUAGUCCCAUGCAGUGUUACAUUCAGUUUCAUUAAACAAUAGGGGCGGGCGGGGGGGGGGUGAACAAUCCACUCAAGGAUAAUGUGGAUUGUGUUUCCUGGCACCUGCUUGUCAUUAAUUUUCUUGACCCCGGCAGAACAAUAUAUAUUCACAAGGGUGAAUGCGAUAAGAUUGUCUUCUUUUGUUCCUUAAAAAAUGUGGAUCGGUUUCCAGGAAGCGUAUUUCUCAUCGCACUAACCUAAUUCGCACAUUCUUUAAUUUCUCGCCACUUGGGGGGGACGAGAAAGCAAAUUCAUCGGAUGCUUUCGAGCGCUGCGCACAGCAACGCCGUUGCUUUGGCACUGCAAGCUGGCAUGGAAACAGGAAUGAUGAUCGGUUGUCUCGGCGGUGUUGUUACACCAUCACAGCGGUCGCACCUGCUCCCGUAAUUCUUGCCUUUAAACUGUAGCUGGCGAGUAUGGAUAAGGAUUUGCAUCCGUGGGACACUUAAGGGCCUCUGCAUCUCAAAGCGCCUGACAUCAUCACCUCUCGACCAUCCCAAUGCCCGUGCUUGCAGCCUAGCCAAGAGCACCGUCGGUGGCACGCGGUCACCGUGUGGCACAUGUUUUCAUCAUAAUGGAGACUUUAAUGGGUCAUCAUUCACUGUACUUGUACAGCCUUUUGGUUAGUCCACUGCUGAAUAAGGGCCACCCCAUACCUGUGCAGGUCCUGAGAGAUGUUUGACCACAUCCCGAGUUCACCAGCGCUGGUCAACGUUUGUUGACCAGCGUGCUGCACUGCCCUCUACUGCCCACAAAGGCCUAUGACACCCCAUUUGUGUGUGGUGGUCACCCAUCCAGACAAUUCAAGCUCAAACCCUGCUUAACUUCUGGUAUCUGACAUAAUUUGGAUGUGCCAUCAUUCAUUAGAUUGCCACGUGAAAUAGCCAAGAUCGUAUUGAAAACGUUUGGCCUUCUUAUCGCCCGUGGUGAAAACGCUCGCUUAAGUUAAUUUUGUUUCUCCGUUCACUUUUUCCCCCAUGUGCGUUUCUCUCUCAGUACCAUGUUUAAGUAGAAAACAUCGUUAAAUGCCUUCACUUAAAUAGGCAACGUACACCUUGAGUCACGGUGGAAUAUUGUAGGUUAAUAUCUAUUACACUUUCGUUUUACAUGCUGCGAAUGAUAUGGUUUCCUUGAAGGCCCCUUGCAAUGCUCUCGUUUUUGUAUGCACCAAGGCUGCGUAACAUGAGUAACAUGAGUAACAUUACACUGAGGUCUGAAUCCAAUCCAGUACCGACAUUGCCAGGAUCACACGUGACAUGGCGGUCUAUUUACCUUGAUGGUAUGAACGUGUAACGGUUACUUGCAGCAACCGCGCCUUAGUUUUAACUUUAAAAAAACCUUGUAUUUUUUUUCUUUUACGCAACAAAAUAGCGGAUCAAAUUUGUUAACGUUCGAAACGUUUACGUAAUGGUUGGGGAUGCACGCUCUUGUUGCACGAUUAUUUUAUGGUUGUGUAAAGCGGGUGCGUCUGUAGUUGAUAAUACAAUGAAGGCUGUAUUUAGAUCAGUUCAUCGGUUUACUCGAGUCAUGAGUAAAGUCAAAGUACUCUCCUUACUCAAACGAGCAUUUGGGUGGCGCUCAUCUCUGCUGGUGAACACUGAGGCAGCAGUGGAAGUUGUACGUUUCUAUGCCAGAGGACAGUCUAUCCAUAGAGCAACCAUUGUGUUGACUUACUACAAAGCGUGAUGUACGUUUUUAAACGUUUGCUCGCGAGUGCUGCAUUCUAAUCGCAGCGCCACCUUGCCACAUUACCGUGUAAUAAUAGCUUCCCGUGUAAUAAUAACUUGCCGUGUACAAAAGUCGAGAAAAAUGCUGGUGAGAACAAUUGGGCACCUUCUGUACGGCGGAGUGUCUGCACGCUCCCCAAUUCCUCACUGGAGAGCGGGCGGCCGCCCUAAAAUAAACGGGCUAAACCUUAAGUGGCUCAAGCCACGUUGUUUGUUUUUUUUCUUGACAGUGAUGGUCAACAGCUUUCUGCGUUGACUAAUUGGGAGCAUGUCAACGGCCACCUAAUGAAACGCAGGCUCAUGGUUUAGCGACUAAAGCCCCAUUUUUGUUUUCUGAUGGUGGCCAUUGACAUCGCGCCGUUCUAUAAUGAAGGGAUUUGUACUUGUCGACGACUGCCUAUGAAAGUCGGGUUUAAACCAAGUGAUGAAAGCCCCGAUUUUUCUUCAAAGUGAUUAAACAUAUCUGGCUUCAAACUAAACGCUUACACGCAAGCUAGCCACAAUGCAUACUCGGUGUUUGUGCAGUCGGGUAAGGCUGUUGUUGUUCACUGGAACUGACCCGAUGUCGUGUUGCUUUGCCAUGUUCCUGACUUUCUAAGUGUUAAACUUAUGGUCAUCAUGUUUUCCCCGAAUGGGUGAUGGACUCUAUAUUUGAAGCUUUCGUGACUGCAAGGAUUCAUACUCUUUGUUUUUUUCGGUAAAGUCACGUAGGUAAAAAAAAUGAAAACUAAAUUAAAUCACGACGUUUUGGGCACAACACAAGCGUCCUCCUUCAGGUGGAGACACUCUUAAGCAUUUGUGCUUUCGCUACGUUGUCCCCACCUGAAGAAGGACGUUUGUGUUGCGCCCGAAACGUCGUGAUUUAAUUUAGUUUUUCAUUUACUUUGUUUAUUUUUUUACCUACGUGACUUUACCGAAAACAACAAAGAGGGUGAUGGACUCCUUUGGGAGGGACGUCCGUUGAAUGUUCAGUAGUCUCGGGUUACUAAGGUUGUGAUAACGCAGGGGAUCAUCAGUCUCAUGAUACAAUGAUAAAAUCAUGCAUGUAGAAUGGAUUGAUUUUCUUUCCGUAUACCUUGUAACGAGUCGUCGUGACCCGCUGCGUCUACCCGUGGCCGCCAGAUCACCACAAGAGACAAAUCUCCACCCUGGAUCUGGUGCAUUGAUGAAUUGAUGUCGAGCGCCAGAGCUUGCGUUACACGUGUCAAAUAAUGUGCUGUAGAAUCGACGUUUACAUCAUCGUGCUGUCAAACCCCAAUGGUUGAAGAUGUGUGGUGGCCCUCGCACUGAUGAUGUCUUAUCGGCGAAACGUGCCCCCCCCCCCUCUGACGAAUAGUGAAGAACACUGCACUGCAGGUGCUACCGUACACUGCAAUGUUAUACAUUUUUUUGUAGAUAGCAUCAUUGAAUCCUGAUCCUCUUUCGUGACAAUCGAUACAAUCGCCAAGAGGAGGGGAAUGAUUUCCAUGCCGAGUACAUACCUAUUAUUAUUGUAGCCACAUCUUCACAAUAAUCAGCUAAUUUGUAUUAUGUUUGUAUGUCUGGAGAACUUGUCCAGCACCACUCCACCAGUUUGAAGGAACAAAAUGUAAUUUGAAAGUUUUGCACGUGCAGUUCGUAUAAAUGAUGGCAAUUAACCCCCGUCCCCAAAAGAUAUAUUGAAGUCAGCCGAUUCAGCCAAGCACUGCAUAGCCACUCCCGUUCGCUAUAACUGACGUGGCCCAGUCAUAGGACAUUCGAUGCUUGUUGCAGAGGUUUGCAGUUUGAAUCCAGAAUGCUGCCCUAGUUGGUAGUGAGGGUGUAUUAACCGUGAAAUACUCCGCGCCGCCCGUUUCGCAGUGGAUGGUUAACAUCCUGUGGUGUAAUUUAAAUACGAGUUGGGCCAUUGUGUGCCGGUUUCGUGGCUCAAAAUCAGCCAGGUUUAAACAAUUACUUCGCUAAUUCGUCAAUUUGGGAAAAACGUGGCAAUCGUCGCCCCCCCUACUGCAAGAAACUUAGCGAGACCCUCCUGGAAAAGGGUCUCGCGCCGUGAAUGGAGUUUCGCAUGCUGGGGCGGCGCUAGCCGUGGAAUGUCAACGGUGCUUCCCACGAGUAAUCUGUCGGGCUAAUGGAAGCUCGGCGGCAGAUUUUGGUAUAGCUUAACAUGCAUUGCACCACCUCUGUUUAUAUCAAAAGCCUGCCCUUCGUGGUUAGAUUUUUACGUUCAAAAAGGGCACAUUUAAAUACCGCAUUCCACAAGCAUCUGCCAGAUUAGGGUAUUAUUAUUUUUGUAUUACUUUUUUUUAUUAAUAACUGCACCAUUUAGGUGAAAUCAUGGUCCUUCGUGCAUGUCCCCUUUCGUUCAAUGAUCAGCUGGGAAUAACACUGUGAGACAGGAAGGGGGGGGGGGGUAUACUUGGAUCGUGUAACAAACGCAAAUGAGAGACGUCCAUAGUGACUGUUGAGAAAAAGUGUGCUUUGGCAGCACACAUCACCAGAAUGAAGGAUGAUUGGAAGAAACUGGUGAUGGAAUGGCAGGCAAAAGAGUGAAUGUGUCCGAGAGGAUGACCAUGUAGAGACGGCGGCAUGAGAUACAUCCAUGUGCACGAGUGAGAUGGGUUGUAGCACGGAUUGUGUCACAGAACCAUGAGAGAUGGGUGACGGCAUAGGUGGUGAGGCCUUCAUUCGACAAUGGUCGAUGGUGAAUCGGUGUAUUUCGCUUUAUUGAUAUGGCCCUCGUAGAUGUCUUAACUUUCAGUUUUGUCAUAUUUGCAAAUUAAGCGUGUGCGUGCAACUCAUAUUACUCUUCAGUUAUUCUUGAUUCCAUCGUUCAAGCUGCUUCAAGGUUAAGGGAAUGAUCUUUUCAAGCCUCCACUGAGAUAUUGGGAAACUCCCUGCUCUGUACUUGGAAAGCGACCACCGGGGGCCUGCCCAGUUGUUUGUGGGCGAUGGGGGACGUAAGAUGGCCAUGAGAUGGCAGUGCUGAGACUUACCAACCCCCCCCCCCCCGCCCCCCCCACAUAUAGCGUGGUGGGUUUCCUCUGGACACUGUUUUUCUCUGACAAGGACACAUUCAAUGUAAUUGUCCAACCAUCCCAGUGCAGGAACUUCCUGGAAAAAAAAAACAGUCCAGAGACUUUUCUUGAGUGAAUACUUGCAUUUGUUUUAAUGGUUUCGUUUCCCUCCCCCUUCACCAUGUAUUGAUCUACACUGUGGGUAAUGAUAUGGAGUUUGGUGUGAGGCGUGGUGCAGUGAUGACACUUGGAGGCUGCCAUCAUUUGUUUUGCCUUUUUAUUUAUUUGUGACCCACGAUCGUAUUUCAUUUUGUUGUCGCCAUUGCGCUGAGGCAACUUUACGAGUGAGCAGUGUGACGCCGUGCCAGAGAUCGGGCCCUACUUCUGAGGUCGCCUAAAUUGUCCUCUUAUCAAAAAUAGGAUACCCUGCAAAGAGCGUCGUUCAUAUAAAUUAAACCAAAAUAGUUAUCGGAGGUGAAAUGUACCAAAUUAAGUAACAAAAACAAACCAAAUGUAAUAAGCGUAAUUAUUGUGCAGUCAUUGGUGACUCAUUCUGAGACCAUCAACUCGUUGAGCUUGAGCACUUGGUUCUAGUCACAGGUGGCUGAACCCAGGAUUCAAACCCAAGAUCUCAGCACUGCUGGUUCAUUGCUUCGAAUUGGGCAACACCUCAUUUUCACUGUACACCUGAGCCAUGCCGAUCUGACUCGGCACAGCCCCCGAGCAGCCGUGGUGCUUGAUGUCGCGUGCAGCGAACGUAGGUUGCGUCGGGUCCGUUAAUGUUCAACGAUUGACCCCUGGCCCGGCACGACCCCUGUCUUGUGAGGCCAGUUGUCACGGUUUGGUUCUGGCUCGCAAAAUAGCCAGUGGGAAAACAGACCAGUACCGUGAGGGCCCCAUGCUGGCUUGGCUCAGAUGUGCCAGUGGAAAAGGGGCAUACAAGUCCCACUGAGUAACUCGGUCACUUCUCGUCUCUCGGUGUCAGCGAUGGGCUCAUUGAUCUGCACUCAUCCAGCGUUACCCAUGGAUUUACUUUGGAUAACGUUACCUUCAGUUUGUUUUUUUGUUGCCGAGAGAGAGGCCUCCUAAUGAUCAUGUAAUGGCCUAUGUCAUUAAAUUUUUUAAGUAUGCACACAGAAAUACAGUCUGUAUGUGUAUACAAACACUAUAUAUACAAUUGUGUACUUUUACAUGGUUCUCUGUAUAUGAAUGAAUUUGUAUUUAAUAAAUACGUGCACACAUGCCGAGUACAGUACUACGCGUAUGCCGAAGUUAGCAUAGUGCAUUCGACUCCUUUCCUGAAGGAGAAAGAAUCUUUUUGAGUUUCGGGUUUGGGCUUCACUUACAUUUCAAGUCGUCGUAAUUGAAUUGCACUGUCACUUCGACGAUUUGGGCUGCAGUGAUUAACGAACAUUGACGAAUCGCGACAACGGACACCUUGGCGUUUUGUAAAAAUGCGAGUGCAGCUUUUUCGGUUCUCGUGUUCCUCCCCUCUUGAGUUGCCAUACGGUGGGUUGCAUAGAUUUUGCGGCAUUUGCCCAGACUUUUGUGGCAUUGCCCCGCUGGAUUCGCAAGUCGUUAAAGAGGUCUGACGUUUGUACAUUUUCAUCAAUUUUUUUUGUAAGGCUACGAUUUUGUCACGAGAGGUCACGGUUGGGGAGGGGGGGGGGCGCGGGAUUAAUAAAUUUGAAUGACGUCUGCGAAAUCUUGGAAAUGGCUGUAGAAUCCGCACGUCCUUUAUUUCCUUGCAUGGAUACCAUACAUAGGGGACGGGGUGGGUUGGUGGCGGCAGGGUCGGUGGGAACAACCUCGCCUUAUUUCGUGAAAACAUUUUUUGGGUUAUUUUUUUUGUUCGUUGCAUCGGCUAUGAAUUUUACAAACAAAAGGUUUACCGUGCCAAAAUUGUAGCCUUAAUUAAGGGGGUUGACUGCGUGCCGAAUGGAGAGACGCUAUUAAACACGGAGGCAAUGUCACCACGAGAACUGUAGUAAGUAACAAAAAAA